UCAUUCUGUUUUUUUGUUCAAUAAAAACUUAGCAUGUGUGCUAGGCUCAGGGUAGAUAUGGGGGGGGCGGGGAUACCAUUCAAAGCAUUACAGAUGCUGUGUCUGUCUUCAAUUGGGUUUGCAUUCCACUGGCAACACUCAGUGUGUCUCCUAUUUGGAACUCUUACCACUUGCUAGCCUUCCAGAUAUUUCCCCUCACUUUGUCUUCCUUCUCAGAGAGUUCUGCCCACAGUCCACGAUUGACAGCCUCAUUUCCUGGUUGAGUGCUUUAUGUGAACAUGAAAAUUCAUAGCAGCCUUAAGGGAGGAAAUGAAGCCGAUGUGGUUGGUGGGCAAGGGACAGCCAUCACUGUCUUGUCUCUCUCCAGAAUGAAAGCUACCCUCUGGAGAAAUCAGCUGGACAUGGGGUAUAUAACCUGGCUGUUUCCAACACUAAAAGGGGCCUUCUCUCCAUUGUGUUAUGUGUUUUCUUCUUUUUCAUCAUCAUUAGCUUCUUUAUUCUCUUCCUCCCACCAAACACACUUGUUGAACAUACAUGAGGGGUCAGGCCCUGUACCAAGUACUUUUUGCGCAUUAUCACAUUUUUUCCUCACAGAACUCCAGAGGGAGCUACUGUUAUCAUCCCAUUUAGUUGAUGAGGCAAACAAGGCUUAGAAAAGAAGUCACCUAUUUAACAUUCCCGUGGCUAGCAUGUGUCCAAGUUGCCUGGUCCAGAGCUUGAUGAGCUUUACCAUUAAAUAGUCCCGCACCUUUCUUCUUCCUGCUUUUCAAGUUUUAGGGAAAAGAAGUCUAAAAGAAGCUGCAGUUAUUUUAAAGGCAAUGCAGUGAUUCAAGGUCUGCCGCGUCCAGCGCUGCAGGGCAACUGGGAAUCCUGGAAGAGGGACAGCACAGUAUAACAAAAUACACAAGACUCGUACAUUUAGAAAAUUGGGGACCAGGAGGCACUUGUGUUCUGCAGAACAAAGGCCCCAGGCUGUAGCCCACAUGACUUUUAUUUGGGAAGAUGACGUAGGUUAAUGAGCAAAAUCAAGUGCAGGUAAUGAUAAAGCUAUCUUUUAGUGGUUGUGCUUUCGCACGUGCACCAAAUUUGUUUACUGCAUCGUUCAGCAGUUUCAGUGAUCUCCAACAAAAGUCCACUUGCUUUGACUGUGUCAUGUCUCUUUUCUGGUUUCUUGCUUCACUUUCAGAAUAUAAUGCAUUUGGAAAAAACAGAGGCCCGGCCUUUGGACUUUUUUCCCUCUUCCUUCACUGCUUUAAGUGGGAAGGUGUUUGUGGAUCAGAGGGGAGUUUGAUGGUUUAUAUGGUGCCCCUCACUGUUUGUGGGGGUUGUCUCUGAAGAAUGUAGCGAGGGAUGUGGGAGAUGAGAGGAAAGCUAAAGGAUCUCCAGGCAGGUUGUAUUCUGAUUAUGUGAAAAUAGAUGCAUAUUUACAGAGAAGACUCUGAAGCUUAACUCUUUGGCCGUCUCCUUAGAGUAUCCUCUUAGCUCUGAAGCACCCCUGGUUCUAGUGAAAUGAAUAAAUUUUCUCUCUCCCUUCUUCCUUUUCCUAUCCUUUCUUCCUCCCUCAAAUAUAUUUAGAACACCUGCCAUAAAGCAUUGUUCUUGACACUGAGAGCAAUGAAAAGAAACAGAUGAAAACUGUUGCCCAGAUGAAUGCUUAUUCCAGUGGGAUAAAACGGAAACCUCAGGAGAGCAGGAAUCCACAGCACAUGGUUUUCCUGUGGACUACAGUUACAUUGUGGGUAUUUGUUAGGUAGUAAUUAUGUGUAUUAAUCUGGGGGAGAGAAAAUUUGCAAAUGUUUUAUUUCUUUUGCUUUCUUUGGUGCCACCCUUUUCAUUAAUUUUUAAAGGAAAACCACUGAAUUCGUUCUGACUCUCACUUAGGUAAAUGUUUCCAAUUCAUUUAAGGCUUAUCAGCUUUUGUGUUUUGGCCCACUACAGAUGGGCUGGUGGUUCUGUUUAAAAGAUAGGCCGUUAGUACUUAUAUAGAAAUUUAAUCCAGGUUUAGGAGUGUCAACAGAUGCCUCAUGAAAUCUUACAGCGAUUAAGAAAAAAACCAAUUUCUUUGUUGGGUUUGAGAGGGGUGUGGCCUCAAUUUAGAAGCAUAGUCAUGGGUUAUUACCAUUUCAGUGCUUAUGCCUUUUAGAAAAAUUAAAAGCAGGAAGUAAACCUUGCCUGCUGCAAAGAUCUGAGAUUUAGGAUGGAUGGGUCUAAUUUUGUUUUGCAUUUAUAUUUAACGGCCAGGGUUCCCUUCCUGUGGGCGGGUGCACAUCCAGCUGAUUGCCUACGGAGGAGGAGAUCCUGGGGGCAGGAAGGAGGUCAUGCCCAACCUCUCUCCAGCAGGAAGCUCCACAGAGGGACCCGGUGCGCUGGCCGCGGGGCUAUGCGUUGACGGAAGGCUACGUGGGAUCCCUUCACGACAACAGACAGGGCAGCUCAGCGCAGGUCCGUAGGCGCAAGGCUUCCGGAGACCCGUACUGGGCCUACUCGGGUGCCUAUGGUCCUGAGCACUGGGUCACAUCUAGCGUCAGCUGUGGGGGCCGUCACCAGUCGCCUAUAGACAUUUUAGACCAGCAUGCACGUGUUGGUGAAGAGUACCAGGAGCUACAACUUGAUGGCUUUGACGUUGAGUCUUCUAACAAGACCUGGAUGAAAAACACAGGGAAAACAGUUGCCAUCCUUCUGAAAGACGACUAUUUUGUCAGCGGCGCUGGCCUGCCUGGCAGAUUCAAGGCCGAGAAGGUGGAAUUUCACUGGGGCCACAGCAAUGGCUCUGCGGGCUCUGAACACAGCAUCAAUGGCAGGAGGUUUCCCGUGGAGAUGCAGAUUUUCUUUUACAAUCCAGAUGACUUUGACAGCUUUCAAACUGCAAUUUCUGAGAACAGAGAAAUCGGAGCCAUGGCCAUAUUUUUUCAAGUCAGUCCAAGGGACAAUUCUGCGCUGGAUCCUAUUAUCCAUGGGUUGAAGGGCGUCGUACAUCACGAGAAGGAGACCUUUCUGGAUCCCUUUGUCCUCCGGGACCUCCUGCCUUCAUCCCUCAGCAGCUAUUACCGGUACACAGGCUCUUUGACUACCCCACCGUGUAGUGAAAUCGUGGAGUGGAUAGUCUUCCGGAGGCCUGUCCCCAUCUCUUACCAUCAGCUCGAGGCUUUUUAUUCCAUCUUCACCACAGAGCAGCAAGACCACGUCAAGUCAGUGGAGUAUCUGAGAAAUAACUUCCGGCCACAGCAGGGCCUGUACGACAGGGUGGUGUCCAAGUCUGCUGUCCACGAUGCCUGGAACCACGACAUGACAGAUUUCUUAGAAAACCCACUGGGAACAGAAGCGUCUAAAGUCUGCAGCUCUCCGCCCAUCCACAUGAAGGUGCAGCCCCUGAACCAGACAGCGCUGCAGGUGUCCUGGAGUAAACCGGAGACCAUCUACCACCCGCCCAUCAUGAACUACAUCAUCUCCUACAGUUGGACCAAGAACGAGGAUGAGAAGGAGAAGACGUUCACAAAGGACAGCGACAAGGACUUGAAAGCCACCAUUAGCCACGUCUCACCCGACAGUCUCUACCUGUUCCGUGUCCAGGCCGUGUGUCGGAAUGACAUGAGGAGUGACUUCAGCCAGACCAUGCUCUUCCAAGCUAAUACGACUCGAAUAUUCCAAGGGACCAGAAUUGUCAAAACAGGAGUGCCCACAGCAUCUCCUGCCUCUUCAGCCGACAUGGCCCCCAUCAGCUCGGGGUCUUCUACCUGGACAUCCUCUGGCAUCCCCUUCUCAUUUGUUUCCAUGGCAACUGGGAUGGGCCCGUCAUCCAGCGGCAGCCAGGCAACCGUGGCCUCCGUGGUCACCAGCACGCUCCUCGCCGGCCUGGGCUUCAGUGGUGGCGGCAUCUCCUCCUUCCCCAGCACCGUGUGGCCCACGCGGCUGCCCACAGCCGCCUCGGCCAGCAAACAGGCCGUCCGGCCCGUCCUGGCUACGACCGAAGCCCUGGCUGCUCCGAGCCCCGAUGGCGAUGCGGCGCCAACCAAGGACAGCGAGGGUGCUGAAGAGGGGGAGAAGGAUGAGAAAAGUGAGAGUGAGGACGGCGAGCGGGAGCAUGAGGAGGAGGGCGAGAAGGACUCCGAGAAGAAGGAGAGGAGUGGGGUGACCCACGCCGCCCGCGCACGCAACCCCACCGAGCCCACCCCUGCGCCCUCGGCUCCCGGUACCGCAGCCCAGGAGGGUGGGCAUCAGACUAUAGCUGGGCGCCAGCGGGACCACGCUGCCUCCCCCACCGCCCGGCCCGAGGAGGCCCAGGACCCCCGCCCGGUCACCUCCACCCAAGUGCCCCCCACAGUCACAGAGGAGCAUGAAGAAAAGAGUGAUCCCAAGAAGCCAAUCACGCCGUCUAAGAAGCCUGUGUACCGAGGGGACCGAUUUUCGGAGGAUAGCAAGUUUAUCACUGUUAAUCCAGCAGAGAAGAACACCUCUGGAAUGAUGAGCCGCUCCUCUCCAGGGAGGAUGGAGUGGAUCAUCCCUCUGAUUGUGGUAUCAGCCUUGACCUUUGUGUGCCUCAUCCUUCUCAUUGCUGUGCUCGUUUACUGGAGAGGGUGUAACAAAAUAAAGUCCAAGGGCUUUCCCAGACGUUUCCGUGAAGUGCCUUCUUCUGGGGAGAGAGGAGAGAAGGGGAGCAGAAAAUGUUUUCAGACAGCUCAUUUCUAUGUGGAAGAUAGCAGUUCACCUCGGGUGGUCCCCAAUGAAAGUAUUCCUAUCAUUCCUAUUCCGGAUGACAUGGAAGCCAUUCCUGUCAAACAGUUUGUUAAACACAUUGGUGAGCUCUAUUCUAAUAACCAGCAUGGCUUCUCCGAGGAUUUUGAGGAAGUCCAGCGCUGUACGGCUGACAUGAACAUCACUGCAGAACAUUCCAAUCAUCCAGAUAACAAGCACAAAAACAGAUACAUCAACAUUUUAGCAUAUGAUCACAGUAGGGUGAAGUUAAGACCUUUACCAGGAAAAGACUCUAAGCACAGCGACUACAUUAAUGCAAACUAUGUCGAUGGUUACAACAAAGCAAAGGCCUACAUUGCCACCCAGGGACCUUUAAAGUCUACAUUUGAAGAUUUCUGGAGGAUGAUUUGGGAGCAGAACACUGGAAUCAUUGUCAUGAUUACGAACCUUGUGGAAAAAGGAAGACGAAAGUGUGAUCAGUAUUGGCCAACAGAGAACAGUGAGGAGUACGGAAACAUUAUCGUCACACUGAAGAGCACAAAAGUUCACGCCUGCUAUACUAUUCGUCGUUUUUCAGUCAGAAAUACAAAAGUGAAGAAGGGCCAGAAGGGAAACCCCAAGGGACGUCAGAACGAAAGGAUGGUGAUCCAGUAUCACUACACGCAGUGGCCAGACAUGGGAGUUCCUGAGUAUGCCCUCCCGGUCCUGACCUUCGUCAGGAGGUCCUCAGCAGCCCGGACGCCAGAAAUGGGCCCUGUGUUGGUGCACUGCAGCGCUGGUGUGGGCAGGACAGGCACCUACAUUGUGAUAGACAGCAUGCUGCAACAGAUAAAAGACAAAAGCACAGUUAAUGUCCUGGGAUUCCUGAAGCAUAUCAGGACACAGCGCAACUACCUCGUCCAGACUGAGGAGCAGUACAUUUUCAUCCAUGAUGCCUUAUUGGAAGCCAUUCUUGGAAAGGAGACCGAAGUAUCUUCAAAUCAGCUGCAUAGCUAUGUUAACAGCAUUCUCAUACCAGGAGUGGGAGGCAAGACACGACUGGAGAAACAGUUCAAGUUGGUCACACAAUGCAAUGCAAAAUACGUGGAGUGCUUUAGUGCCCAGAAAGAGUGUAACAAAGAAAAGAACAGAAACUCUUCAGUCGUGCCAUCUGAGCGUGCUCGAGUGGGUCUUGCCCCGUUGCCUGGAAUGAAAGGAACAGACUACAUUAACGCUUCUUACAUCAUGGGCUAUUAUAGGAGCAAUGAAUUUAUUAUAACCCAGCACCCUCUGCCACACACUACGAAAGACUUCUGGCGAAUGAUUUGGGAUCACAAUGCACAGAUUAUUGUCAUGCUGCCAGACAACCAGAGCUUGGCUGAAGAUGAAUUUGUGUACUGGCCAAGUCGAGAAGAAUCCAUGAACUGUGAGGCCUUUACCGUCACCCUUAUCAGCAAAGACAGACUGUGCCUCUCUAAUGAAGAACAAAUUAUCAUCCAUGACUUUAUCCUUGAAGCUACACAGGAUGACUAUGUCCUAGAAGUUCGGCAUUUCCAGUGUCCCAAAUGGCCCAACCCAGAUGCCCCCAUAAGCAGUACUUUUGAACUGAUCAAUGUCAUCAAGGAAGAGGCCUUAACAAGGGAUGGCCCCACCAUUGUUCAUGAUGAAUACGGCGCAGUUUCUGCAGGAAUGUUGUGUGCCCUUACCACCUUGUCCCAGCAACUGGAGAACGAAAAUGCUGUGGAUGUUUUCCAGGUUGCAAAAAUGAUCAAUCUUAUGAGGCCUGGAGUAUUCACAGACAUUGAACAAUACCAGUUUGUCUAUAAAGCAAUGCUCAGCUUGGUCAGCACUAAAGAAAAUGGAAAUGGUCCCAUGACAGUGGACAAAAAUGGUGCUGUUCUCAUUGCAGAUGAAUCAGACCCUGCCGAGAGCAUGGAAUCUCUAGUGUGAUGGGAAUCCAGAAAGGGCACUUACUUUGUAAAACUUCUGAAGACUGAGGACUUUUUUGAGGCCUUUUUUGCCAGACUCUAGGUUAUACAAUAACCCAGUUACUUUUUUACACUGAUAAAAGUUUUGAUAUUUAUUUUUUGCCAUUUUAUGUCUUAAUGGUAUCCUACUGAGCAUUUGCACCUCUGUUCAUUUCACACAGUGAAACGCAACUUUACCUAGUUUGCACUAUCGGAUCAGUGUUACUGCCUAUAAUCUAAUACUAAAGCAAACCCUGAGGUGACAUUCCAUGACAACACACAUGCUACUUUUUAAUUCAGUACAGUGAAGGUCUUUGUUUUGACAGUGAAUCUUGAUUUCUUUUAAUUAUUAUUAUUAUUGCUAAAGCAGUUGCAGUCUACUAGCAGGCAAUGCUGUACUUUUCCUAUCUCCUCUCCUGUUUUUUUAAGGCACUGUUCAAUACUGUAUGCCUUCUGUAUUCUAGUGGAGUGGAUGAGCACUGUUUCCUUUUAAAGAACAGCAGGUUUGGGGGAGCUACUAAGAAGGUCUGUCAAGCUCAUGGCCUUGAAAGAGUUCCAUUUAUGAUGGUGAAGAUAUCCAUUAAGGAAUUAGAAAGUUUAAGAGUUACUUCAUGUGAACAUCACUUAUUAGUUACCAAGUUAUAUUCAUAGCUUAAAAAAAUGCCCAAUUGUGUCCAAAUAAAGGAUAUCUCUGUAUGACAGUUUUCACGGUAGCUCUGUGGACAGUGUGUGUUAUUUCCAUUUUGACUCUCUGCAACAGAUAGACCCCAAAAAUCAGGGCCAUCUUUUGCAAGGGAGAGAUGGCGAUAUUUUACUGAACUCACUUUCAAAACCCUUGAGUGAAUCUCUAUCCGUGCUUCAUGAUUUAUAAUACCAUACCUCACAGCAGGUGGAAAAAUGAAAAUCUUUGCAAGUGUGUAAUUUUGAAACUACACUUCUGAGCAAUUGCUAUUGAACUUUGAGCAAUUGCUAAUUGCCCAUCUUGCCUCUAAAAUAUUCCUGUUACUCCUAUAGAAAUCUACUCUACUACCUAUAUAGUUAACAUUCUUUUCUUUCUUUUUUGCCAAAUAUUUCAUGAUAAAUCUCCUAAUUACAAAGAUUCUUCUAUUUAGGAUUAAACUGAAAAUAUUGUGUUAGCAAAAGUCCUGGGACUCUCUAGAUGCCCACACAUGGAUAAAUCUGAUUUGGAGAGAGAAAACGAGAAUCUUAAGUAAAAGGUGUGACAUUUUCAAAUAGUUUUUAGAAGCAGAAGACAGCUUUCUGUUACGUCCUUUAGCUGCCAGAGCAGAUACACUUCAGUAAAAGAGGCUGCUCAUUGUAACACAGAGCCCAGGGAAAUUAUUUCUUGGAGCCCUAUUCACCCUGCAGUACAUGACGAGAAGAUGAAGAGCAUCAACAAAGAAUUUCAGUUCAGCUAGUUAGAAAAAUAAGCUACUUACUGAGAUCUGUUUCUUCUACUGCGUAUUUGCUUUUGAUGGACAACUUCGUUCAGAAGUGAAACCAUCACCAGAACUCGGCCUGUUAAGAAGAAAAGGGUUUGGGUUAUUUUUUUAAAUGUAAAUAAACUUCUACAAAAAAGUCUACCCUGGCUACUAUCAUCCUAUCUGGAUAGGCCUGGAAACUUUCAUGAUAAUCAGCACUGACAUUCUGCUAAUCUUGAGUUGGCUUUCUGUGAAGUUGGUCAAAGUGGAGCUGAAGGAACAAAGCUGUUAGGAGAGAGGGGCUACAGGCCCCACCCAGGGUUCUAAAGCAUAGUUCAACGGAGCUACGUAACAUGCCAGGGUUCAUCUCACCUUCUCAUCACAUAGAUUCAGCCACACAGAAAGGUCCACUAUUCACAAACUGUGCAAACUACGUUGAGAAAAGAUGUACAAGUGGCCAAGUUUCCUAAUUUGUAUGUGCUAGGGGACACUUGACACCUCUGCCUCCCCUCUGUUGCCAUCAGAGGUGACACAAGGAAGCUCUGCCUAACACUUAAGAAAAAAAAACUUUAACACAGGAAUACUACAACUGCUGGAUGGUGAAAGAAAUCAUGAAGGGAAAGGUUUCACAUCAUAGCAAGGAGUAGAUCCUUUUAGCCAAUUAAGUAGGUUAGUUUAGUUGUAUAGAGUAUUGAUAUGAGUUAGCUCUUCUCAGUAGAGGGCACAGUGGACUUGACUUCCAGAAGUAACAUUUGAGGUGGGGUUCAUGGUCCCUCCAUAAUUUUUUCUUAACAAAAGUAAACACUGGUUACAAGACACGUGGCAAGUAUUCCCUUCUGUGCUGUUAUAGAGGACUCAGGUCAUGAAAAUGUAUACCCUCCAAUUCUGUAACCAGCUCUUACAUCAGUAUCAGAAUCAUUAUAAAAUAGAGGGAGAGCUAGUAAACACAUGGAAAUAUUACAGGGGUGGCUCAGCAGUUCUCUGGGAGCAAUGGUGUGUCUAUAGCAGGCUGGAACCAAAGUCUUCAAAAUCAUGACCCAAUGAAAUUUGAGCAAUUGCUAUUUGCCCAUCUUGCCAAAGUGGUGCAAACACACUUCACAGAAGAUAGUUAUAUUUAGCAGUUCCUCACUUUCACCACACAGUGUAUCCUUACUAUUAUUCUUCAUUUUUUAUUGCAUUUUUCCAGAGGCCAAGAGUUUCAGAGGUAGUGUUUUCUUUUGAGAUGUAAGCACAUUGCUUAACUACAUAACAAGGCUAUUAACCACUUGUACUCAGGAGGAAAGGAAAUAGCUAUUGCAAAUCAAUGUGUCCUAUUUUAUAAAAAUAAGCUUUGGGGGUAUAUGAAUUUAGCUUUAGGUAAGCAGAAUGCACACAUCACUCAAAACCGAAUUUCGAAAAUCAGAACCAGUGGCCAUGCUGUACAUCAGAAGAAACACACCUUAUUUGCCAUCAAGAGAACACGUUCUUGCAUCCAAAAGCCACAAUUUCGUCUUUUAUAUUAAAGAAAAAAGUUAACUUCUGAAAAUUCGAGAUGAUUAGGAUUAAGUGAAUAGGUUUUCCUAAUUUUUAUGUGUGGCACUUUUAGAGUCUAUUUCAAGUUGUCAAGUCCAGCAAAGUCAGAGAAGUUUAUGAUAUUUAAGGUCUAGCUGUCAGAGUUUUUAGCCCAGAGUGACAUACUGAAACCAACAAAUAACCUUAAUUAUUUUAUAAUGACACAGCACAACUGCCUUGUUAUGAAUUUUUUCUUAAAUGCAUAAAUACUGUAUUUAAAAUUUAAAAUAUAGAUACCAAUUUACCAAAGAUACAUAUUACUAAUUCUAAGCAAAAAAUUUAAGAAAGAAACCCAAACUCAUCAUAAUUUAAGAAAUAAUAAUCCAAAUGUAGUUUGUCAUAAGAAUUUAGCAGUUAUACUGGAAAGUGCAUUUUCAAUUCCUAUGUCCUAAAGUUUAUGUUCAGAUGGUGCCAGUGAAUUUUUAUAUGAAGGGAAAAUGCCUGCUUUUUUUUUCCUUUUUUUUUUUUUAACAGCUCUAAUUUCACUUACCCCUUUGCGCUUGCCCUUAGUUGCCAUUUAACACACAAUAUUGGCUUUACUUAUCUCUAGAAAGAAGGCAUGCUACAAAUAGGAAGGAAUUGUAAUAAUGAUAUUUGGCCUCUACUUUGUCUUAGCUGUUAAACUGUUUUUAGUAUUUUUGUUAAAUAUUUGCAAAGGGAAGCAUUUUCUACAGAGGAUAAUUAAUUUCAAGAAAAAUAUCUUGAGUUUUAAGAAAUAAACAUCUCCAGAAAAGGAGACAGCCGAUUUUAUAAAAUGUCGCAACUCUCCAACAUUUGGGGUAGUGACUCCUUUUUUGUUAGGACAUUUGAAACUAGUAAGCAGCCAUUGUUUCUAAAAAAAAAAAAGAAAAAAAGAAAACUCAGCCUUCGUGUUGAUUCAUGUUUCUUUCACUUCAUUUUGAAAUAGCUAAAAGUCAUUAAAACUGUAAAUAUUUUGUUGCUUGGAUAAGCAUCUCCUGAGAACUUUGUAUCUAUGGUAUAUAAUCAUAGAAUUUUAUAUUUUCAUAUAAAGCUAAUUUUUUUCUAGUUUCAACUCUGUCAUAGUUUUUUUUUUUCUUCCUUUGUGGUGGAUAUGUGAAUUCAACUUUCUGUGUAUUGAAGUAGCAAGAACCAUCUUUGCAUUCCAAAAGAAUCCAACAUGUGUUAUUUCUUUGAGGCAGUGAUUGUGAAAGUUGGGAUUUCUUUUUUAGUUUCAUUGACCAUUUGUGCAAUAGGAAUUAGACAUAAUUAGUCACUGAAUACAUUCAUUGCAUUGACCCAUUUGGAAAAAGUGUUGUUUUUUUAAUUUGUUCAGGGGGAGGGGUUUUGUAACCUGAGAUUUUUCCCUUUUUUCUUCUGUUUAAAACUAUAUCAAAUCAUUCUAUUAUAGUGUUAUUUAAUAUGUAAAUUGUAUUGCUAUACAUAAAAUAAAGUAUGGUUUUUGAUGUA